UAAGUCAAAAGCCACCGCCAUUUUGAAUGCACCGAACGAGUAGCAUAUACAGUGGAGAACCUUAUCCAAUCCAUACUGUACCUUGCCUUCCUCCAUCCAUCAGCUAUACUUGUAGUAGACUAGUCAGUCUAUAGUCUGUGUCUCUCGCCCAUCCAAGGUCAAUUCAAGUCAACUCAAGUCAAUUCAAGUCUUACUCUAGCUAGAGUAGUCUACUUGUGUCUAUCAUGCCCUCUCCCACUCCUCCUUCAGCUGGUGCUGCAGAUGCCCAAUUGAAUGGACUUCUUGCUGUAGCCAUGGCAGCCUCACAAGUACAAGGACAACAGCAAAUGCCAAUGCCAAUGGCAAUGGCAACUGCAAACAAGACCAACUCUGGUACUGGUAAAGCUACUGGAAGUACUAGUGGCAUUACUGGUACUGGUACGAGUAGGACUUGUGGCGGAAGCGGCCCGCUUAAGAAACGAAAAGCUCCUCCGCUUGAUGCUGCUCCUGCUCCUCCUGCUGCUGUGGUAGCUGCUAGUAGUGCUGCUGCUGUGGUAGCUGCUAGUAGUGCUGCUGCUGCUGCUACUACUAGUGGUGCUCCUCCUGCUCCAAAGGUCAUGAAAGCACUGCCAGGAUCAGCUUUCGCAUCGUAUGCUACGGCUUUCACUCCAACUACAUGUACUACCAGUGCCAGUGCCAGUGCCCGUACAAGCACCACCGCUGUAACCAACACCAAUGUCCAGCCAAAUAUCAAGCCUACACCUACACCUGCACCUGCCAACAUCAACAUCAACAUAGACAUGAAGCCUCCCCCUCCUGUUGUACCUGUUGCAGCCAAAGCGACAGCCCCAGCGCCAACACCAUCUGCUAAUUCACAGCAACAACAGCAGCAACAGCAACUCAACGAUGCCUCAUUCGUGGCAAGUCAACUCUAUCUAAGCCAGUACUUGCACGCAUAUCAAAACUGCAAACAGAGCCAAAAGGGAGAGCACAAAGAGACGUACCACGAUACGCUGGUUUGGUUGACGUGUCAAGUACUACAAGAUGCAUUUCCAAACAACAAGCAACAACUGCAGCAACUACCCCCAGCACGUGAAACACACAUGUUUGUGGCCAUGCUACAACACCUAAACGCAACUAACAACAACAAAUUCCCCAUUUUGCAAACAUGGUUAAAGCAAAAGCUACAGAUUAACCUACAGCAAACACAACAGGCACAAGCGCAAGUACAAGUACAAGCACAAGAUCAACAACAAGAUCAAGACAAAAAGCCAGCCGCAAAACCUCAACCCAACAGGCAGCAGCAAACGCAACCAACACAAAAUAAUGCCAACGCUCAACAUCUCCCAGCAGAUCUAGCUCAACUGCUCAAUGCACUAUCUGCCAAUGGACAACAAGGGGAACUUGCCAAUCAGCUCAAAGCACGCAUGGCGACAUCAUCAAGCACUACGGGAGCUGCGGCUGCAGCAACGGCCAAUACAACGCACCAACAAAAGCAAGGACAUGAACGGGAGCCAGCUGCUGCAUUAUCAAUGCUCUCAGCAGCAGCAGCCAGAGCAACGGGGACUCCCAAUCUAAAGAGCCAGUCGCAACCCCAACACAAACAGCAACCGUCAGUCCUAUCACAAACAGGACACGCCAAGGCAGCAGCAACUAAAGCGCUUACAAAACAGGCAAUGGCCCAAACGAAAACUCAAGGACAAGCCAUAGGAUCACAAAGGCGGCAGUCAGGCGCUGCUACAGGUACCAAUCAACAGAAUAUAUCCCAACUACUCAAUCAACUAGCAUCGUACGGACAGCAAGGUGACCUGGUCCAUAAACUGAAAGGUCUUGUGGCGACAUCAUCAGAAUCAGAAACUGGGAAUACGGCCGCAACGGUCGCUAGACCCACACAAACUUCAACAGCAAAUCUUGACAGGCUGCAAAACCAGCAACAGAACCACAAGGAAUCACUGGCGCUGCUGAACGCAGCCUCUGCUAGAACUGCAGCUGGCCCGCCAGGAACUGGACACGACCAAGGACCGUCAACGCCACAUCAACGUGGGCUCUCCGGCAACAUUCCACCAAACAACAACAACAACAACAACAUUGCCGAUCAACUCAAUGCUCUUUUGGAAUUGUCAAAGACAACACGGAUGGCAACCGCAGCAGCAAGAACAACAACCGCGGCACCAGUUCCUCCUUCUCCAUCCAACAGCAGCAGCAACAACAACAACAACAACAUGGCUGAGCAACUCAGGGCUCUCCUAGAAUUGUCGUCGUCAAAGAAGGAUACAGCACCUAGCGAUGACACCACACAGACGGCAGCCGCAACAACAAGGACAACAGCGGGAAUACCUGCUUCGUCGUCCAACAACAACAAGAACAACGGCAUUGCUGAUCAACUCAGAGCUCUUUUGGAAUUGUCAAAGACAGCUGGGGCAACCAGCGAUGCAAGGCAUCUGAAUACGACACAUGCAGCAGAUGCAACCGAAAGAUCGAUGCAGGCUCAAACAACAAGCACCAGCAAUGCUGCUACGAACAUUUCCAACGAUGGUGUUGGAUAUCCCGUGUCGACAGCUCUGCUACGAGCACUAGUUGCCAGGACCAAUCACAGUGUUGCCGGUAACAGCAACACGGCGUCAGCCGCCGCCAACGACUACUCCAUCGCCCAGAACAUCGGCCGACGUCCUUCUGCACGGUCAACGGUGGAUGCUGCAGCGAUGGUCCCACAAAGGAACGAUGCAACAACCGGCUCUACGGCAGUGAACAGUGGCAACGGUGUCCGUAAUCAGUCUCAGGCUGGUGCCUCUGGGUUGAUUCCGGUUGCAGUCACUGCGGCUAUUCCAACGAGGUCAUCUGCCCCAGCGCCUCAAGCCGAUGUGGCUACCCUUAUUGAGAGCUUGUUGCGAAGGCAGGCUUCGAACCCCCCUACAGGGCAGCAUCCGCAACAUGCUUCUUCGUUACCUACCGGGGAAUCGACUACGGAAGCUGCUCGUGCAACGGCUCCGGCUCCAACCCAAGCGACCAAUGUCCUAAACCUUGCCGAGCUCAUUGGCAACAUGAUGAAUCCGACGGCCCCGCAAGCACUUCAAGGCACUGUCCAGCAACGACGGCAGUCUAGUCUUUCUUUGGUGCGACCGUCUGCUUCCAAUUUGGCAGCAUUGGCUCCAGGAUCGGCGAAUGCACAAGACCCCAAUAUUGCCCGGUUGAUUCAACAAUUGGUGGGGUCUCCCGCGCCGCCUCCAGUGCAAGAACGUCGGGCGUCUGUAACACUGCAAAGCACAGAAAGCAAUCGGCAACCUUUGCAGGAUCUUGUCUCCCAGCUUCCACCAGCACUGCGCGAUGCCCUUUUCAGGAAGUGA